UACACAGAGAUAUGGGGAAGUUGAUGCACAGCACACAGAUCCAGCAUUCAAGUCACCCUCAUCUUCUUCACUUAUCAUCAAACCUUCAUCUUCAAAACCAACCUCCCAUCAACUGUGCAGGCUGCAACCUCCAUAUAUCUGCAACUACUGACCACCAUAUCUACACUUGCAGACCUUGCAACUUCUUCUUGCAUCCAUCAUGUUCUAAGUUCCCUGAGUUGAUCACCCACCCAUCUCACCCCCAACACACCCUCUCGCUCCUCCCAUCCUGCAUCUACCCAGGUGGUUUCUUUCGCUGUGAUGCUUGUACUCAACAAGGAAAUCGCUUCAGUUACCAUUGCCAAAUCUGUGAUUUCGAUCUUCAUGUUCUCUGUGCGUCCAAACCCCUUUCGGUCACCAACCCUUCCCACCCUCACCCUCUUCACCUUACCUUCUCUUCUCCCUAUGGUGACAAGUUGGGAUUCUCGUGUGAUUUGUGCCGGAAUGUAGGCUCUGGUCACCAGUGGCACUACCGCUGUGUUUCUUGUGAGUUUGAUGCUCACUUACACUGUGCCACUGCCAAACCGCCGCCUCUACAACACCAUCAUUCGCUUCCGAAUCAAUCCGCCGUCACCGCUCCGAUGGCGGCACAACCACUUGUGCAUAGCAUGAGCACUGGUCAUCAUGUUCAAGGUUACUGGCAACAACCACAGCCUACUGGACCUGUUGGUGUUCAAAACUACCAGCGUCCGUCACAGCCACCGCCACCUCCCCCUGCGGGUGUUCAAAGUUACCAGCAUCCCUCACAGCCACCGCCACCUGUGGGCGUUCAAAGUUACCAGGGUCCCUCACAGCCACCACCACCGCCACCUGUGGGUGUUCAAAGUUACCAACGUCCGUCACAGCCACCGGCACCGGCACCUGUUGGUGUUCAAACUUACCAGGUGCAGCCACAACCUGCUAUGGCGGCUCAGAAUAAUGGACUUGCUAAUGGAUUGGGAAAUGCUAUGGUGACAGGAUUUGUUGAAGGUAUGAUGCAGCAGCUAGGCCAGGAUUUGGUCCAAGGUCUUACUGAUGGUGGUGGAGGAGACGGUGGUGGAUACGGCGGUGAUGGUGGAAAUAUUAAUAUUGAAAUCAAUACCACGAAUGAAGACUAUGAUAAUUACUAGCUAUUCCUGAAUGGAACAAGUCUUAAUUUGUUUUUGUCAAGUGAGGUCUUAGUGGCAGGCACCAUGUGUCCCAUAUGUGGGUUGCAAGACCCCUCACACGGGACGCCGACGACCUUCAACGCAACAAGGAGAUCGUGGGGAUCCAGUUUUUAGUAACAUAUCAAUCGCUAUCUCUUCCUGUAGAUGUACAGUACACUAUCACCUCGAGAAUGGAACCAUGUUAAAUCAGACAAUCUCAAUCACUCUUGUUUGAUAUUUGCUUUGUAUAUUUGAUUACUAUUGCUUUAUAUACGAUUGUGGAUGCAUUAUUCCUGAUUAGAUUGUAAUAUACAAUAUCUAGAUCU